UCCGCCCUCCUCUUCCUCCUAGCCCUGCUGGCCGCCUCCGCCCCGGCCCCGGCCGCUGCCUACUUCGGGUUGACCGGGAACGAACCCUUGACCAUCCUCCCUCUGACUUCAGAAAUGGAGGAGGCUGCCGUCAAAGCCCAUUAUAAAGUCUGCGACCGCCUGAAGCUAGAGAAGAAGCAGCGAAGGAUGUGCCGGAGGGAUCCUGGUGUGGCCGAGACCCUUAUGGAGGCCAUCAGCAUGAGUGCCCUGGAAUGUCAGUACCAGUUUCGAUUUGAGCGGUGGAACUGCACCUUGGAGGGGCGCUACCGGGCCAGCCUGCUCAAGAGAGGAUUUAAGGAGACCGCCUUCCUUUAUGCCAUCUCUUCAGCGGGGCUCACCCACGCCAUGGCGAAGGCCUGCAGCGCCGGGCGCAUGGAGCGCUGCACCUGCGACGAGGCACCCGACCUGGAGAACCGCGAGGCCUGGCAGUGGGGCGGCUGCGGCGACAACCUCAAGUACAGCAACAAGUUUGUCAAGGAGUUCUUGGGCAAGAAGUCCAACAAGGACCUGCGCGCCCGGGUGGACUUCCACAACAACCUGGUGGGCAUGAAGGUCAUCAAAGCCGGUGUGGAGACCACGUGCAAGUGCCACGGAGUUUCAGGCUCUUGCACCGUCCGGACGUGCUGGCGGCAGCUGUCUCCCUUCCACGAGAUCGGCAAGCAGCUGAAGCAGAAAUACGAGACGGCGCUCAAAGUGGGCAGCACCACCAACGAGGCCACGGGCGAGGGGGACAUCUCCCCGCCCAAGAAAUCCAUCGCAGGCCACGGAGAUCAGAUCCCAAGGACUACAGACCUGGUGUACAUUGACGAUUCUCCGAGCUUUUGCCUGGUGAGCCGGUUUUCUCCUGGCACGUCGGGCCGGAAGUGUUACAAGGACAAGAACUGCGAGAGUAUUUGCUGCGGGCGGGGGCACAACACCCAGAGCCGGGUGGUGACCCGACCUUGCCAGUGUCAAGUCCGCUGGUGCUGCUACGUGGAGUGUAAACAGUGUACGCAGAGAGAGGAAGUCUAUACGUGCAAAGACGUAUAGAAGCUUGGACGGGCACGAAGAAUGCUCAAGAGGGUAUCCCUUAACGACGAGGGGGUGAUGCCAUCCUAUGACCAGCACCCAGAGAGGCGAAACAGGGUUUGAGAGAUCCCCGUGGAGAUGGCACACUCUGCCGAGAAGAUAUGGAAGCACUUUGUAGGGUCCCGGUGACCCAGCUGUAUGGGUUUCUCCUUGACUCUCUCUGCCCUUCUUUGCCAACCCAACCGAUUUUGGAGGUCCAGGUGGGCCAGUUCCAAUUUUGGGCAGGGUGAGUGAUUUCCAAAGUGGGCAGUGAAACGCUUGGCCUUAACCAAGACGGUUCUCAUCUUGCUCACUGCCGUCCUUGACCUAGAGAAAGCCAUUUUCCUUUGGCAUUGAACCUCGUGGCCUAUGGUCCGUGGCCACCUUGAGAACUGCAGUAGAAUUCCGGAAGCGAAUGUGACCAGAAGAGAGAGAGAGAGAGAUUAUCCCCCAAAAAGGAUAGUAUUCCGUGCUGGUGGAUGGCUAGUUGGAGCUCUCUGGAGCUCUUGAGGAUGGAGAAGUGAAGCCUGGUUGGUCGGAGCUCCCUGUUUGCAAAAGUGUCCUAUCUGUUGUGGUUCCUCAAGAGGAACAUCUGCUUUCAGCUGCUUGCACUUUGUAACAGAUGUUAUGGGAGGGCCUUCUAGAGUGGUCGGUCCAACCUGCCCGCUUUAGUCCUCUCCCAUCGCAAUCUACUCCUGCGUUUGCCGCCUUCAUCAACUAACUUUGCGAACAAUGAAAACCACUAGAAGCCUUUUAAGAUUUCCUACAGAUGCUGCCACCACCACCUCCAAAUAAUUUCCAAAGCAUGGCACCUCUUCUUGCUCCAGAUGCACCCUGUGGAGGCUGCUUUCUAUCCCAGUAUUCAACGUUGCUCCCAGUUCCUGGAGCCGCUGUUGGACGAGUCCCUUUCUGGACCGGACGAAACCAGUUGCCUUACGGACAAUCGACGCUGCUUUGACUUGCCUUGAAUUGUAAGCCAUCCUGGAUUUGAUAGGACAUAUCCCCUCAAAUUUUACCCCUGUUCGGAUGUCACACAGUUUCUUCUCAACGGUGGCGCGAACUGGCACGAAUCUUCACAACAGACCUUUCAUUUUCUUUAAAACCACUAGAGGCACUGGCAUUUGGAAAUUCAGCAAUGCAGGUAUUCGAAUCAAAAGUUCAUAAAGACUGAGGAGGAAUGGAGGGACCGGAGACGACCACGGUAACCGUAAAGGGGGAAGCGCUGGUGAUACGGGGUACUCGACAACCUUCCGUUGCCGUACAUUGGGAUAUUACAACUUUGCAACUUGGCUUUCCUUCAACAACACUGCUUGAAUCAGAAGUGACCGACUGGCUAAUCUCUCGGUUGAAAGUUAGCUGUGUAAGAUGCAAUAAGAGCAGUGGGCACCUUCUGAUGUUCUGGUAGUAGCAAUUUCUCUCGUUUAACCCGUCGACCUGAUUUUCGGGGAAAGCUGGGCACGAGACUUCUGCAUGGUUUCCACUGGUUUCUCUGGGGCUGUUUCAAUCUGCCUGAGGACGAAUCUGGUUUUGGGAAUUCCUUCCAAAUCAUAAUAAUAGUAAUUAAAAAUUAGCCGCUCAUCUUCUGCGGUGUUUUUUCUGCCUCAACUGGAAGGGGAUGGGCAUGGCCAGCUUAAUGGGUGGUUUGCCCUUAGGGGGGGUGACCGAAAGGCAUAAUUUUCCCCUUGUUUGAGCCCAGAUCCUGCAAAAGUGGAAGGUUGGCGCUCUUGCACAUCUCUCUUGAGACCAUUCCCCAACCGGUGUAAAAUAGAAUGCCACCAAUUCCAAUCUUCAUGGUCUUGGUGGCUUGUGGUGGCCAUCGUACAUUAUGGAAACUGUUCACCUGGUCCAUCUUGGCCUUCAACGCCAGACGGGGCCUCUCCUGAAGCCACGUGGAAAUGAUUUUUGUUCUGUAAGACAAGCAAAACUAAACAUGUAAGACUGAACAGAAGCAUAUUAUUCAGUGUGGAUAUAGCUAUAUCUAUCUAUCUAUAUAUAUAUGCACCUAAAUAUAAAUAUUGAACAUUUAUUUAUUUUA